CAUCCCUUCUGUUUUGUCUGAAAAUAAAAAUCGGAUCUUUUUUUGGAAGUCUUUGCCUCACCCCUACGUUUCUAUAAAUAAAAAGAUCUAAUCUGUGAAAGUAAGAUCUGGAAAAUGGGUUUGAUUCCAGCUGAACUGAGCUUGGAUUGCAGCCCAACUUUCGUUCCCAGAACGAUCGCAGAGUUUCUCGCCGGAAUGUCGACGAUCGGCGACGCAUCGGAGCGAGUGUCCAUGAUUGACGAUUACGUCCGGCGACUCGAGGAGGAAAUGCGGAAGAUCGACGCUUUCAAACGCGAGCUGCCUCUUUGCAUGCUUCUGGUAAAUGACGCAAUUGUAGCCCUGAAAGAGGAAGCAGUGCAGUGCAGGAGGUCAAGGAUGGAGCCAGUUUUGGAAGAAUUUAUACCUCUCAAGAAGAGCUCUGAUGAUGAUGAAGAUAAGAUUGAAACCAGGAGAGAAAGGGGCAGUAGAGAAAAGGUGGAUUGGAUGAACUCUGUGCAGCUCUGGAGCAGUGGAAACAACCACUGUCUCAGUUCAAAGAAUGAUCUCAAACUGGCAAUUGAGGAAGAGGAGAACAGCUCAGUAACCAAUGAUCUACUUGUGUCUGGGAAACCAAUGAAUCCAGGAAAGACAUCUGCAGUUCCUGGGCUUUUGCUGGGCACUCCUGCCAGAGAAUAUAUGGUGAUUGGUGGCUUAAGUUCUAUGGACUGUGGUAGCAGAGCUGCUGCAUCUUCUACUGCAUCAAGCAGUGUAAGGCCUCAGUAUCAUCAUCAUCAGCAGCAGCAGCAGCAGACUUCCAGGAAGCAAAGAAGAUGUUGGUCACAGGAGUUGCAGAAACUAUUUGUUAAUGCCCUGCACCAGCUUGGAGGUCCACAUGUGGCAACUCCUAAGCAGAUUAGAGAGCUUAUGAAAGUGGAGGGUCUGACAAAUGAUGAAGUAAAGAGCCAUCUGCAAAAAUACCGGCUUCAUAUUCGAAGAUCUGCACACACAAAUACCUCGAGUGCAAAUCGGUUUGCACCCCAGUCUGGUUCCCCUCAAGGGCCCCUAGGCACUUCAUUGACAAGAGACAAUAACAUGACAGAAGAAGAAGAAGAUGAUGAUGAUGACAAGUCCGGGAGGCAAAUCCCGAAAAUUCUUACUCUGACGAGUAAAAAUGGUGCAUAGAUGUUCACUGUAUAUGUUUAUACAGCAUACAUACAUAUAUAUGGAUGGCUGGAGAGAUGUAAAAUUUUGCAGGAUUAGAUUCCUUCUACUUUGAGUUGAGUUCUUGUUGUAAGGAACUUGAAGAAAGUAGCUCCCUUGAGAGAGAGGAAGGGACAAUAUAACAAUCUGAGAACUGUGUUGUGUAUCAUCACUCUUAUAAUGCAAUAAACUCCUUUGAAUUCUUCUGUGGUUUCUGCAA